GCUGGGGCUGAGGCUGGGGCUGGUGAUGCUGCGGCUGGGCCGGCUUGCCAGGCUUGGGCGGAGGCCGAGGGAUGGCGAAUGUGCGGGUGGCCGUGAGGGUGCGGCCCCUCAGCCAGAGGGAGACCAAAGAAGGAGGAAGAAUUAUUGUGGAAAUUGAUGGCAAAGUGGCAAAAAUCAGGAAUUUAAAGGUGGACAGCCGAUCAGAUGGCUUUGGCGACACCCGGGAGAAGGUUGUGGCAUUCGGCUUUGAUUACUGCUACUGGUCAGUCAACCCAGAGGACCCCCAAUAUGCAUCUCAGGAUGUGGUGUUCCAGGAUUUGGGGACUGAAGUACUGAAUGGAGCUGCCAAAGGCUAUAACAUCUGCCUUUUUGCCUAUGGACAGACAGGCUCUGGGAAGACAUACACCAUGCUGGGGACCCCGGCCUCUGUCGGGCUGACGCCGCGGAUAUGUGAGGGUCUCUUCGUCAGGGAGAAAGAAUGUGCCCCGCCGCCAUCCUCCUGUAGGAUAAAAGUAAGUUUUCUGGAAAUCUAUAACGAACGAGUGAGGGAUCUGUUGAAGCCAUCUGAUCAAAAAAAAUCCUAUACCCUGCGGGUCAGGGAGCACCCAGAGAUGGGGCCCUAUGUUGAAGGUUUAUCUCAACAUGUAGUUACCAACUAUAAGCAAGUAAUUCAACUCUUGGAGGAGGGAAUAGCAAACAGAAUCACAGCAGCUACCCAUGUUCAUGAGGCCAGCAGCAGAUCCCAUGCCAUCUUCACUAUCCACUACACACAGGCGGUCCUGGAGAAUAACCUCCCCUCUGAAGUCGCUAGCAAGAUCAACCUUGUGGACCUAGCAGGCAGUGAAAGAGCAGACCCCAGUUACUGUAAGGACCGGAUCACUGAAGGAGCCAAUAUCAACAAGUCUCUCGUGACUCUGGGAAUUGUCAUCUCCACCUUAGCCCAGAACUCUCAAGUAUUCAGCAGCUGCCAGAGCCUUAGCAGUGUAACCAGAAAUGGCGGUGACAGUGGGAUUUCCAGCUCUUCUGGGACCAGCAUUGGAGGAGGACCCUCUCGGAGGCAGUCCUAUAUCCCAUACCGGGACUCCGUGUUGACCUGGCUGCUGAAGGACAGCCUUGGAGGCAACUCCAGAACCAUCAUGGUUGCCACUGUGUCUCCUGCACACAGUAGCUACAGUGAAACCAUGAGCACACUGAGAUAUGCAUCCAAUGCCAAGAACAUCAUCAACAAGCCACGGGUGAAUGAGGAUGCAAACGUAAAGUUGAUCAGAGAACUCAGGGAAGAGAUCAGAAGACUGAAAGCUGUGCUUCUGAGCUUCGAACUGUCUUUCCCUUAUCUGCAUCUGAUGUCCCCUCACAAGAGUAAGGGUGGGACCAUGAAACACAACUCUUUCUCUGUGCAGAGAAACUUCAUUUCAUUGAGUGAGAAGGAUGGGAAUCUGAAGGAGCUGGUUCUCCAGAACGAACUGAAGAUAGACCAGCUGACUAGAGACUGGACUCAGAAGUGGAAUGAGUGGAAAGCCCUCAUGGAGCAUUACAGAGUGGACAUCAACCGAAGGAGGGCUGGGGUUGUCAUCGAUUCCAGCCUGCCUCACCUGAUGGCCUUGGAGGAGGAUGUGCUCAGCACAGGUGUCGUUCUCUAUCACCUCAAGGAGGGGACAACAAAAAUAGGAAGGAUUGACUCAGAGCAGGAACAGGAUAUUGUCCUGCAGGGUCAAUGGAUCGAGAGGGACCACUGCACUAUCACCAGCGCCUGUGGGGUCGUCGUUCUGCGGCCUGCCCAGGGGGCCCGUUGCCUAGUCAAUGGCCGGGAGGUCACUGCCUCCUGCCGUCUGACCCAAGGAGCAGUCAUAACCCUGGGGAAAGCACAGACAUUCCGAUUCAACCACCCAGCAGAGGCCGCUGUCCUUCGGCAGAGAAGGCAGGUCGGAGAGGCUGUUGGUGGUAGUGGCUCUUUGGAGUGGCUGAACUUGGAUGGGGAUGUCACUGCCUCCAGGUUGGGUCUCUGCUCUCUGCUUGGGAAGAAAAGGAAAGUGCUGGGGGAGCAGAGUGACGAGGAACAGCUACCCAGGGCUGGAGAGACGCCUCAAAGGGCCGAGAUUCAGCAGCAAGAUUCGAGGCAGCGAAUCCUAGCGCAGCAGAUUAGAGCCAAACAGGACCUGGAAUUCGAGCAGGCACCCGUCAGCUGGCAGAUUAAAGAAGACCAGCAGUGGCUGCUCAGAGAAGAGACCUGGCUGGCCAGCUUGCAGCAGCAGCAACAGCAAGACCAUAUAGCAGAGAAAGAACUUGAGGCCUCUGUGCCCACUCAUUCUUGGCUUCAGACAUAUCCUGAGACUCAAUCGUCCCCACUGGUCAGAAGCCAGAAGAGGGCGGUGCCACUUCAGCUCCUGCGGAGACGAGCUCUUCGGGCAGCAGAGAGGAACGUAAGGCGAAAAAAGGUCUCAUUCCAGCUCGAGAGAGGCAUCAAGAAGCGGAGGCUGCUGGAGACCCAGAAGAGACUGGAGCAGCUCAAGGCAUUGUACUGGCUUCAGGAUGAGGGUUCCCAGGAGCCCCCACACCAGGUCCCCAGCCCUGAUGCCUUCCCAGGACAUCAAUGUAGAAGCAGAUCGACAAGUAGCAGCUUUUUGAGCCUCCGAGAGCUCUGCCUCCGGUACUUGCCCCAGCUACGCAGUGUUUUCCUGAAUCGGGAUCCCUCUAGCACAUUACCUCCUAUACCCGACUCUACUGAUCAGACAUCAGAGAAAACCCAAUCAGAAGAGUCUUUGUCCCAGGCUGCUUCUUAUCCUCCAAGGACAGGGAAUUUCAGCAACAAUGUCCUCUGUUCCUUGGGUGAGGGGCAGCUCUGCACAGCCAGGGCGGCCAUGGCCGGGAGGAGAGCCUGGGCCUCAGGCACCCGCUUCAGCAUGAGCUCUAUGUCUUCCAGCAACCAGGAGAGGGGGAGCGGGAGUCAGCAGCCCCACUGGGUGGUAUCCCAGAGCUUAGCCUCUCUGGGCCAACCAGCUAACAUGCUGAAGCCAAGGGAUGAGCCAGAGGCCCUCACGCCUUCCACCCAGGCCAGGAGGACUAAGAGACUGUCAGACUCUGGCCACGGACCAGCAGGGUGGCAAAAAGAAGGGGACCUUGAGACCCAUAAGGCUGCUGACGGAGCCAGUUGCAGUUGCCCACAUCCCUGUGGACCCAGACAGGCAGCUGGGCCUGGAAAGGCAGCCAGAACUUUUUGGAAAGAAUCCCAACCACCUUCUCCAAAUAGGGCAUCGAAAGGGCAGAAGAAGGUGCUGGCAACUAAGGUCAGAGACAUUACCAAAAAGUCCUCUCAUUUGCCUCAUGGCAGCCCUUUGAAGAGGCAACACAGUGCAGGGAGCCCAGACACCAUGGCCUCACUCACAGAUGCCGGCCCAGUGGAGGAUCCCACAGGAGGAAAAGAUGGCGAUUUAUCGGAUGCAGAUAGCAGUUACUCAGUGGAUUCUCUCUCCUGUGUCUGUGCCAAAGCCCCGACGGAGCCACGGAAGCCAGGGCACCCCCCGAGGAGGGAAUGGCAUCUCCCAGAGUCAGAGAACACUGAAAGUGACAACAGCCAAAUAUCUGAGGACUCGCUGACCGAGAAGGGGAACCAAAGUCCACAGGACAGCCCAGGGGACAGUUAUCUUACCAAUGGCCAUGGCGACCCCAGGGCCAGAGCUAGAGCAUCUAUGAGGCGCUUCACCACAUCCUCAGACAGGGGCCUGUUUGCCCAGGCUCACAGGAGCUUUUCGCUGGAUAGCCUGAUUGACGCUGAGGAAGAACUCGGGGAAGAUCAGCAGGAAGAGCCUUUCUUCAGUUCAGCCGAUGAGAUGCCAACAGAGACGUUUUGGCGCCUGCAGACCUCCAGGCUGCCCGUAGUGAGCCAGGAGGCAAUGUGCAGGCUUGGUCCCAUCCCCCACAGAAAAGGAGCCAGGCUAGAUGCCAUCCUGCCAAUGAGCAGUUCAUUUUACCUUGAUUCCCAGCCCCUGCCCCGCUGUGCACAGCCUGAGUCGGAGGUGGAGGCGAGGUCCUCUGAGCAAGCCACCACUCUGCAAAGCAUGCCGCUUUCAAGAGGGAGCCCUCUGUUGUCCAUGGAUUCCUGGUUUUCCUGUGACUCCAAGAUCAAUCCCAACAGCCCCCUGGGAAUAGUGGGUUCUUUAUGUCCAAGUCCUGAUGUCCAGGAAUUUCAGCCCAAUGGUCGGGAGAGGCCUGGAUUCUGGCCAAAGAUGGAAGAACUAAAGCCAUCGGGUACAGAAGCAGUCCUGCCCUAUACUUCCAAACUGCCCCCUGGUGGUGCGGAGCUGCCCUGCAGUGUCAGAGCUGUGUACAAUAUUCCUGCUUCUGAUACAUCCAGGUUGUCCCUCUGGGGGUCAUACAGGCUUCUUCAGUCUCGAGUUGAUGGCAUCUUUCAGGCCAGAGGUGUCUCUGACCCAGCCCAGCAGGGUAACUCUGAAACAUCCAACAACUCGAGUGUAUCGAGUGUGCUGCCUGCCUCUGCCACCUCAUUUACUUACGUAGGCAGCGCCUGUGAGAGGGACUGGGCUGCCCUUCAGCAAAAGUACCUCCUUGAACUAUCUCAUCCUGUGUCGGAGGCCAUAGGAGAACCCAGGCCAGCUUUCACCUCCCUCGAGGAAGACUCUGGUUCCCUGACCCCAGUUUCUAGCAGAGGAGCAGAUACUGUAUUGGUAGUUGGUUCUGGGCUAUCUAGCAGUUUGAAGUUCAACAACUUUCCUAUCCAUAUACCCAAAAUUAGGCAUUUGAGGGCAGAGAAAGAACAGGACAGUUUGGGUGUCGAGUUAGAAGGCACGUCAGAUUUCUUUACAACUAGUGAGAAAGAGGUGAGUUGCAGUGGAAAUUAUUCAGCAGACAUAGAAUCAUUGACUUCUGGAGCUACAAAUGCACAGGUCUUUGCAGCAGAGAACAAGGUGGCAAAUUCCAUGAUGGGAGCAUGUGAAAUCAAACAGAACCACUUGGAAGAGUCCUCUCAGAGUAGCGGGAGGAAGCCUGGAACGAUGACUUCCUCUGAUGAAUGUUUCUUCCUGAAGAACCAUUGUCACAGUAAUGUCACCAUAGCCACCAAAGAAGAUCCUCGGCCCCAAAGUUGUGCUCCUCUCAGGAAGAAUAGUACAGGCCUGGCAGGGCCAGUAAAUCACAACAGCCACCUCCCCCAACAGGAAGAGGAGGCAGACUGCCAGGAGAGCUCCCAGGAAGUGGUGGGAAGACACGCCAAUCUUUCCUUUGCCUUUCCGUCAGGCCCAGAGCUGUACCUGCACUCUGCUCCUUGGAAUUCAUGCCCGUCUUCCCUGCAGCCACCUCCCUUAGAAACAUUCUACGUGACCAAAAGCCGGGAUGCCCUGACGGAAACGGCCUUAGAGAUCCCGGCUUGCAGAGAAGCCAGAGUGCCUUCCCCACCCCCCAGGGAGGCCUGGGGCUUUGGUCAGGACUACCAAGCCCUCCAGAAUGUUUAUUUAAAGAAUAAUUUGCCGGUGCUGUUACAAAAACAGAAUGCCAAGAUUGCCUCAUUGCAGCAGGUCACAGUGGAGAGGCCACUUGAUCUGAACACCACGGAGGUUAGUGGCGAAAUAGGGAAAUGCGCUGGAAGCCAUAAUUCAGUAUAUUUUUUUGUUGCUCAGAACAGACAUUUUCUUACAUCUGCCAGCACGAAAGUAUGUGAAUAUGAAAAUCAAUUUGGAAAUUUAAAUAAACACUGUCUUCCGGCACUCGAGGGAGAAAAGACCACAGUACAGUCCAGUUGCACUGUUUCCUCGGACAGUUCUGGGUCUGGGAAGCCGCUUUUUGUUUGUGAGUCUCAAGCAAGUGGGGACGAAGGGCAGGAGCAGAACGCAGCCCUAAGACAGAGCCAGGCCUCUGAGAGGGACAGACAGUCCCCUUUGGGGGCCAGGUCUGAUCUCACCUGUAAAACCAUCAGUUUAGGUUUUGACAAGGACGUGCUGGGGGGCACUGCUCGCUCUUUGAAGUCUAGAUCAGCGUAUCAUAGAGUAAGGAGCCCAGAGACAAUGGCCCAGGAUGGGAGUCCGACCCACAGAGGGGAAUGGAAGAAUGAACCUGGGCUUCCUGGAAAAUCUCUCCAACCCAAAGACAGCUCAGAAGAGUUUAAGCAGCCAUGGACAGAAUCUACACAAGAAAGGUUCCAGUCAGUUAUACACUCUCAGGAAAGAAACCUCACUGAACACAGGGGCCCAGGAAAGUUGCAAGAAGUGUCAAAUCCCAAAGAACCACCUUCUAGAAAGAAACAGAACAAAAGAGUUAAUAAUGCUGACGAAAUGGCUAGGCUAAUUAAGAGUGUCAUGCAGCUAGAAAAUGGUAUCUUGGAAAUCGAAUCCAAGCAGAAUAAGCAGCUAUAUGCUUCCCAUACACUGGGAGUCAGUCAUGAGUUUGUGUUCCAGGACAAGGAGAUGGCUGAUCGUGUCGUUAAGCCAGGCAGCUCUAGAAACCACCUGUCUUCUCCAGAAUACACAGAUGAUACUGAUUUUAGGGAUGGUGAUGCUGGAGAAAUGGAAACUAGCAGUAGCACUGGGGAAGAUCCCCAGGACCAGAAAAUCAUGCUGAGUCCCUUCAAGUCAAGAGACUGGGUACAAGACAUUAAAUUUGUGAGAGAGCACAAUCCCCCAGCUGUAUUAGAUAGACCUGCCAGGGACCCUUGUGAUUAUUUAGGGAUAUGUACAACUCACAGUGAGUACACCAGAACUUUUGUUAAUCCAAGGAGAAGGAAAGCAUUGGCUAGAGCUGUGCCAUUCCAGCCCAGGCCCGAGUGGCCCUCUGAGGAGGAAAGUGAGGUGGUGCAUGCAUCAGCAAGGCCCAGAAGGCAGCCCCAUGGCUUGGAAAGUCUUGAGGAAUCGGAGACUAUGAAAGGUUGUCAGGAGAGCCACGUUCCCAAACACAUAAGUAGUUUUUACCCAGAGAAGCCAAAAGUUCAAGGCAGAGUUAAAGAAAUGACUAUGCAAAGAGGAGGAAACCUACAUGAGCAAUACAGAAUGGUCUCAUCGACUCAGAAAUUUCUUAGUCCAAGCCAACGCUGUAUGGGCACGUUUUUCAGCCAGGAGACAGGCUCAUUGCUGAGUCAGCCAGACUCAUCUAUGGCUCCCCAUGGAGACCUGAGUAACACCUUGCCCUUGAAUUCCCCAAGACUGCCAAGAAGCUAUCUUCAUGCGCCUGAUACUAUAGGCAUCUCUUCAGUUGACUAUGUGCUGGAUCCUACAGUGUUGAAAAUGCCUAACAGUCUCUGGGUAACUGAAGCAGGAUGUCAGGGCCAGAGUGGAGUGCCCAGAAGCCACAGCCCUCAGGGAAAUGUGCAAGAGGCGUCCUCCAGGGCGCACACUGCUUGCUGUGGGUCUGCAGUCUUCAUGGCCAUGGGAUCUUGGGAUCAAUCUGGUGCACCAGAGACCAUUCCCCUGGGGACUGAGAGCAGGAGAUCAGCAAGCAGCAGUCCCCAAGACCUAGGAGGGGGCCCCAGAAGCACCUCAAUGGGCUUGAGUACCAGCGUGGAUUCUGCUUCUGAAGCCAAGGUGGCUGUACAAAAAGGAGCAGAAAGAGCUAGUUCCCUUAACUGGGUCUCUAGCCCACUUAAAAAGAGGGUCAACUGUCCCUUAGAAGAGGGUAACAACCAGUGCAGGGAGGUGAGGCAGAAGGCAGAGGCGGCGGCCGAGGACCUGAGUCCUACCGGUGCUACUUUCUCAGCAGCCGUGUCCCUGGAGACACACCCUGAGCCCUCUGCACAUACAUCCACGGGCUUAGCGGUGCUGGAGGAAAUCAGAGAGACAGAGGCCCAUGGAGCACAGCUUCAUGACUUGGUGACUGAGGGCACAGUCCGUCCUUACUAUGAGACUUUAUUAGAGCCUGCAUGUUCUUCAAGGGCCCCGGAUGGGCCUCAGUGUCAACAAACGGACCAGCCAGUGUCAGACAGGACUGGAAAUGAGGGUGAAGCACAGGGGUUUCAUGUGGCAUCUCCCUCUGCUGAACCAGGCCAUCUGUGGACUGAUAAGAGGAAAGCCCUUAAGACCACACCCCUCUCUGCAGACAGCUUUCAGCCUCUGCCCAACACUGAAGUUAACAAAGGGCCAUGCCAGCCCUCACAGACUUCGUCCCACACUGACCCUGCUCUAGGCAAAAGCCAUUAUCCUGGAAAACUAAGGCCUUUUCUGAGAGCAGAUGAGCAGUGUAUAUGUUAUUCUGGCCCAUUUGAAAUCAUGGAGAAAAAGCAAGAAGCAAUUAGAAUUUCUGCUGAUCCUGUAGGCCCGGACAGUCUUCUUUCUUCAGCUAUAGAGGAAGCCAGGAGGGUAACAGCAGGGAAAGUAGGGGCUGCCUUAUCUUCUCAGGAACCUUCUGACAAUCCCGGAGUGAGCCAGCAUGGGAAGAGCCAGUCAGUUCCCUGGGAGAUGGCAGAGGGUAUGCCCCCUGGCAGUCAGGAGAGCAACCAGGCACACCAAGAACCUAGAACUCUACACACCACAUAUGGAGGAGAGUCAGGUAACUUCACCGUGGCUGCACAGGGAGGAAAAACAACCUGUUUUGAAAGUCAGCUUGUGAUCUGUAAUGUUCAGAAUUCUGCCAGUCUCUCAGGGGCUAACCAAGACCAUGUCCAAGUCCUCGAGGCUUCCAAUGGCUUAGAAGAAGGAAGGGCACGUCCCAAACGAAGUAGCGUCCUGCCUGGAACCCUGAGAAGAGCUGAGCUGGCAGCUCCCUCACAGCAGUGUGUGAAGACGGGGAGUGUUGGUUCUGGGCUGGCAGAAGCCUGCAGGGCUGGCAGCAAACACCUGGAGCUGGCUCCAUGGCCAGAUCAAAGACCUAGCCCAGAUCCUGGGGGAGUGAGGGAGGAGGCCCUGUGCAGAUUUUCACAGGAAACUUCAGACUGUGUUGUCUUCUCAGGGAGCACUGAAGGCAGAAAGACUCUCAGCCCACCUGGGGGGCAGGAAGGCAGCAGAACUCUUCCUUGUCAACAGCCGUGCAACCCUCAAGCCAUUGCUUCUUAUGCCUGCCCCUCCCCUUCCUCCACUUCACUGUGUUACAGAGAUGGUGGCCUGGGGAAGGCUGCCCCACAAACUCUCCACCCAGCCUGCAGAGUAUCUUUCAGGGCCUGUGGAAUGGAUGAGAGAGGAGAGAGCUAUUCCAGUGACCCUGAUGUGUUCUUGACACAUGGCCUUGAGCCCAAAGGCAUUCAUGUGAAAUUUGGGCCACCAGACAGCAGCACUCUGGAACCCUCUGCCACCACUUCUGCCCUCUCUCUGGCUCAAGGCUGCAGCUCCCCUUCUGCCCCUGACAUGAAGGCAGGUUCCCUCAGCCCCUCAGUUGCUGCAGGGGAUCCUGAGGAAAAGGUUGCCAAGAAGACAGCUCGUGCAGAGCUUGAGGCUGCCCCUUUUCCUAAAGGCGCGUGCUCUGAGCCACUGAAGAAGUUUCAGGACAGCUCAGUAGGUGGCCAGAAUGCACAGGAGUCUCAAACCAAGCCAGAGCUACCUGCAACAACCAGGAGACAACACACCCUGAAUUUAAGUGAAGGGUCUGUUGAGAGUGAGCUGCUGGUGGAACCACAGCAUGGAUGUUUAGAAAAUGCUGUCAGAUGCCUUCCAGAAAAGCCACAAUUUUCCACCAAGUCCAGGGAUCACAGUAGCUUGGAUCCCCAAGCCAAAUUUGCAGCCAAGAUAAAGCACAUCUCCCGUCCCCAGGCUGGCAGUCCCUGGGAGGAGAAAAAGCAGCAGAGAGAGCAGGCUUCGGGCGUUGGUGAAGGCCCUGCCCAGCGCAUGCAUCCCCCGUGUUCCAACGAAGGUGACUUGGAUGGCUUUGAGAUGAGAGAUGCAGGCGGAGAGGAGGGGGCUGCAGCCAGGGCCUCUGUGCCCCAGAUGUUCUCACUGGGCUUUAAAGACUCAGCCAGUGACCCCGUGGUGCCUGCUGCCCAGAGCCCUGGCCAGCCCUCUUCUGGAAGGGAGCAGCCGGCUCUCCCCCACAGGCGCUCACUUCCUGUCAUUGCCAUUUUCUCUGGCCCCAGACACUCCAGGUCCUCCCCACAGCCACAGUUCUCUGUGAUCAGCUCUUCCCGGUCUCUUCAGGAGCUGAAUUUGAGUGUGGAACCUCCUUCCCCCACAGAUGAAGAGACACAGGGGCCUAACAAAUUGUGGAACCCACAUCCUAGGGGCCACUCCUUAGAAAAGUCCGCAGUGGGGACAUCUCUGGAAGCUGAGGGCUGUGAUCAGAAAGCCUCAUCUAACGUGAACAGUAGCUCUGCUGAUCGCAGGCCCCUUCAACCUGCCAGCCCUCCUUACCCAACGCCUUCAACUCCCUUGUGCAUGCCGACCCCCAGUUUCAUGACCUGCUGGAUGUCUGGUACAGUGGAACCGACCCAGCAGGGAAAGCCACAGAGCCUGGGUGGCCAGGCCAGGCCAGAAAAGUGGCUUUCUGAGGCAGACAGAGGAGCAUUGCACUUUAGCUCCAGUGACAUCAAUCCCUACAUUCUGCCCUGCCCUCCAGCGGGUCCUGCGCCCAUUGGCUGGAAGCAGUAUGUGUUUGGCAAUACAGUCGAUGUCUCCUGUAGCCAGUCACCCCAGGGCCUGGUACCAUCAAAAAUGGCCGGGUGCUCCUGCAUGGACAAUGGCCUAGAAGAACAGAACUCCCCAUUCCACAACCACCUCAGCACAUGUGCCAAUUCCCGAGGUUCACAUGAGGCCUGGGGAGUAUGGGAUUCUUCGCUCGCCUUGGGGAACCACCACAUCUUGAAGGGCCCUGAUGGAGCAGCCCCCGCUAAGGGUCCUGAUGAGAGAGCCCAGUUCCAGGGCCCCCUUGCUGCAGCAGGCCCUCUGAGGAGUGAGUCCCCCUGGACUGAAGGAAGUGCUACAGGCCCAGUGGAUGAGAUGCUGCUGCUGUGUCCAUCAGAGGCGGGCGGCCCUGGGGGACAGUCCAGGAUGAACACCUUGGAGCAGGGCACACAGACCUUAGGCUGCAGUCUCCGCUGGAGCCACACGGACAUUGCCUCUGCCCAUUUGGAAGCCAGCGCAGUGCCGGGGUCUGAUCUGGCCUCCUGGGCCAGCAUGCACAACCUGUCUGUCCACCUCUCGCAGCUCCUACACAGCACCUCGGAGCUGCUGGGGAGCCUCUCGCAGCCAGGUGUUGCUGAAAAGCAGCAAAACACCAAGAGGGAGAGCCCAGAUGAGGCACCCCAGACCCUCAUGAUGGACGGCUGUACUCAGACCACCAUGGAUGAGGGCAUCCAGACUGACCUGGCCUCCCCACCUCUGCACCUCCAGGCCCCAGAGGCCAGCCCUCAGGAGGUCAGUGUGGUCCUUGAAGUUCUGGGCUCAGGUAUCUCCACCACGUCUCAAGAAAAGGGACACGACCCGGGGACAGUUCAGAAGAGAGAGGCGGAGGGAAAAGCAUGGAAAACAACUCGGCCCCCAGAUCUUCAGGAAGAAAGCACCCCCUGCCGGCCCCAGAGCCCUGCAGUGCCCUCACCCCAUCUGAGGGUUCAGAAGGCCCCACUUGGGCAGAACCUCCCUUUUGUGAGCCCCCAAGCUUCUCCCGAUGCUGCCCAGCCACCCGGCACCCAGCCCAGUGAACCCUCCUGCCUGGCUGUCAGCAGCCCCAGCCUUAGCCUCCCUCAUUCCCCAAGACCCUGCCCCAAUGCUGCGGAGUCUGUCGGGGAGCCCAGGGUCCCGAAGAAGUUGUGCCCCACAGGUGCCUUGUUGGUGGACAGGGCCUCUUCCCCGAUACUCGCACUUAGCGCCAGCACUCAAGGGUCAGAGCUCCCCCUAGGCUCUCUGUCUCUCUCCACCCCCUUAGCGCACUCUCUUGAAGGCCAUCAGAAGCUUGUCUCCAGCCCAGACCUUCCCCUCGACUUCCCCAAGCCUCCAAUGGAUAAUUACUCUCAAACCAUUGACGAGGCAGGCAGCCCACAGCACAGCUCAAAAACCCAAGUUUGUUUCCUAGAGCAGCCCCAUCAGCAGCUUCAGCCCCAGUCCCCCUCCGGGGUCCAGAGCAGACUGCCGCCUCUGCUGCUGAGGAGCAGGAGUCCGAUACCGGCCGAGGGCUUGGUCCCCGAGGACAUGGCUCCCCUGGAGUGUGGCCCACUUUGCAGUAGCGGGCCAAAUAAAUGGCAGAGCAGGACAGAAAAUGGGGGUGAGAGUUCAGCAUCUGCAGUGGAGCCACAACCCACUGCCAACAGUCCCUCUUCGGGGGAAGGCUGGCAGCACCUCAGUCCCUGCCCUGUAUCUGAGUUGACUGAUAAAACAAGGCUCCAGGGUUCUACCUCUGGCCCAACCGAGGCCUGCCAACCUCAGGGGCUGCUGCGCCCCAGUUCCCAGACAUGCAUGGCUCCUGAGCCCCAGCAUCACAGCCUGAGGGACCUCCCAGUGCAUAACAAAUUUAGGAAUUGGUGUGGGGUUCAGGAUGGCUCUCGUGGGGAGCUGGGAGUGACGGGGUUGCUGGGACCCAGACAUGUCAGCACUGAAGAGCAGGGACAGCAUCCCUCACAGCCUCCGGGCGCCCAGAGCCCGGACCCUGCGCGCUCCCAGAAGGAGCAGAUGCCCCUGCAAGUUGGGGCCCAGAACCUCCCUCUCAGCACGGAACUCGCAGAAGCGAAGCUGCACCACGGCUUUGGGAAGUCAGAUGCCCUGCUCGAGGUGCUGCAGAGCGGGACAGGGGAGGCACUCACUGCCCAGGAACCUGUGCUGUCCACCUGGGAGGAGCUCCAUGCCCGGCAAAAACAAACCAUUGAGUGCCUCCGGAGACAGCGGGCUGAGCGACUUCAGAACUUCCGCCGGACACGAAGCCUCAGCCCCCAGAAACAACUUAGCUUCCUGCCUAACAGGGACCUCCCCGCCCGUAACCUUGACUUACCCAGCAGGCGCCGAGAAUACCUGCAGCAACUGAGGAAGGAUGUUGUGGAGACAACCAGGAACCCAGGGUCAGCGUCAAGGUCUGUUCAGCCACCCUCUGACAUAGAGCUGAUGCUAAAAGAAUACCAGCGGGCUCGUGAGGAGGCCAAGGUGGUGAUCGCCCGGGCCCGGGACCGACUGCGGGAGCAAACGGAACAAGAGAAGCUGAGAAUCCGCCAGCAGAUCAUCUCCCAGCUGCUGAGGGAAGAGGAAAAACUACACACCCUCGCCACCUCCAGCUCCCUGUGCACCAGCUCCAAUGGAAGCCUCUCCUCUGUUGUCACUUCUGGCUACAACAGCAGCCCGGCCUUGUCAGGCCAGCUCCAGUCCCCAGGCAGUGUGGGGGAUACCAACUUGCCUGAUUCUGGAGACGCUUGGGUAGGGGAUGUGCGGGGCCGUUCUGCAGUGAGGAACAGUCAGCUGAACUUGGCUGGAUCUGCCUGGAAGAACUGGGUCUACAGUCGCAGAGCCUCUCUGGGCAGUUGCUGCUGCUCUUCAUCCAGUGUGUCCAGCCUGGGAAGCUGCUUCUCCUCCUCCUACCAGGACUUGGCCAAGCGCAUUGUGGACAUCUGUCUGGCUGAUGUGAUGGCUGCUUGCUCAGGUGAUCUGCACAAUCUCUUCAGUCGCCAGGCAGCAGCCGGCUGGAACUAUCAGGGUGAGGAGCAGGAGGUGCAGUUCUACAACAAGGUGUUCUCCUCCACUCGGCAUGGCUUCCUGGGGGCCGGGGUGGUGUCCCAGCCGCUGCCUCAUGUGUGGGCAGCGGUGAGUGACCCCACCCUGUGGCCCCUGUACCACAAGCCCAUCCAGACAGCGCGGCUGCAUCAGCGCCUGACCAACAACAUCCACCUGGUGUACUUGGUGUGCAAUCCGGCCCUGUGUGCACUGAAGCAGCCGCGAGAUUUCUGUUGUGUCUGCGUGGAAGCCAAAGAGGUGCCUGCCUUGCUGGUGGGGCAUCUUUCUAUCAUGGCAGCUCAGUCUGUAUAUGACACAUCCAUGCCGAGACCCAGCAGAGAGAUGGUCCGAGGGGAGAUCCUGCCCAGUGCCUGGAUCCUGCAGCCCCUCACUGUGGAAGGCAAGGAGGCCACCAGAGUCAUCUACUUGGCCCAGAUAGAACUUGGUGCUCCAGGUUUCCCCCCUCAUGUCUUAAGCUCCUUCAUCAAACAGCAGCCACUGGUUAUAGCCAGACUGGCUUCCUUCCUUGGUAGCUAGCACCUCACUGUCGAGAUGGUGCUGCUGAGAUUCAGGCCCAGGACGCUCCGAGGCUGCCUGCUGUGGCCACUGGGAAGACAGCACUCAGCCCGAGUUGCCAGGGAAACCCAGUCAGUACUUGGUCACCGCUGGCAGCUCUGCAAGCAAAGGGCCUGAACUCCUGACCCUGGCUGUCCAGAGCAAUGAAGCCCAAGUUGGAGUUUUCACCUUUCUUUCCUGUCUCUGAGGCCCUAUGGCAGACAAGCCGCUCCGGGACCAGGAUUGGACAUAGGCAGCGGAGCUGGGAGAUGGUGUGUGUGCUCUUGAUGGUGCUUCCCUGGUUCGGCCCAGCCCUUGGGCUGGUAGGGAGGCAGCUGUCGGCUAAGAUUCUGCUCAGACAUCGGCCUCCAGCAUUCAGUUCCACUGUGAGAUGGACUGUUACCAAAACAGAAAACUGGUUUAAAAAAAAACAGCUGCACAAACCAGAACAGUGAUUCAGCAUCGUUUCUCCUUGAAUUUUUAUCAAAUGCUUUAUUAUUAAUUUUUACUCCCCACCCCCCACUCUCUUCCUUUUCUUUACAGGAGAGGACAUUUGGGUCUUUGCCUCAGUCAGAAGUACUGAGCAAUGCUCUCUCAUGGAGCCUCAUUCCAGAGCUCAGUAGAAUGAGAAGACCACUCACUGUGGAAGCCAUCUGGACAGAUCUGGGGUCAAAGUGGGGCCUAUCUCUUUAAGGGAGUUAGGAAGUGGGCAGCCAGAUGCUGGCUGCUGACAAGGCAAGAGAAAUUUCAGAGAUGAAAAACUAUCUUUUGAAGAUGGGAGAGAACAUAAUGGAACUCCUAGAGGAGAUAAGUGAUUGGUUAGAAGGAAGCUCAGUUCCAUUCCUUAAGGCCUCAGAGCCUGGGUCUGUCUUCAGUGGUCUUGUUAGCAUUUCAUGCUGCUGCUGCAGCCACACCUAUUCUAGGAUGAAUGAGAAUGGGUUUUCUUUUGCCCUAGCCUGGCAGACCAUGAGGUUUUGAAUAGUCUGUGUGGUUACAUGGAAGUGGCAGGGGUGGGAGAGAUUCCCAGCUUUAGUACUGGUGCCCAGAAGGUAACCAUCUGGGGAUCAAGAUGUGGUAAAAAGGUAAAAUUUCUGUAGAGUACAGCAGAGGUUUAUUUUUCUAAAAGUGUUUGCAGGAUUUUUUUUCUCUUACCUCAAAUUAAGUUAUUUACAUAUUAUUGAAUGUUUUUUUUAAUUGUCUUUAAACUUAUUUUUCUGGGUUUUUGUUUUGGUGACACUUGAUAUAUUUAACAAUUUAUGUACUCCCAUCUCUUUUCAUAUAAAUCUCUUACCAAGACUGUUGAUUGAAUGGCCAGAACACUUGCAAAUUAAAAGCCUGAUCUGCACUUUUAUUAGUA